AUGAAGGAUUCUUUCAGUUCGAUCAGGAAGACCUCAAGCGAGGCCCGUGAGGCUCCCGAGACGCAUACAGGAGCCCCGGGGACUACACCAAUCAAGGUUCAGACUAUGUCAGCAUGGCAGUCAGCAAAGGAAAAUCCCAGAGUUGUUCUAUUUAGCCUAGGUGCUUGUGUCAACUCGGCUCUUUGGGGCUUUGACAUUGCCAUAAAUGCAGUCAUAAUGGCAAUGCCAGGUUUUAAAAUGGAAUUUGGAUACGAGUAUAAUGGCGAGUUUCUCAUUCCUGCUACCUGGAACGCUCUAUGGUCUGCUAUGACUUUUCUCGGGAUGAGCUUGGGAAGUCUGUUAUGUGGCUGGUUUUCUGACAGAGCUGGGCGACGGUCAGGGUUUAUUCUUGGCUGCCUCUUAUCUAUCCUCGGUAUAGGUCUACAGUACGCAGCUUCCCAACACGGGAUGCUCCUAGCUGGAAAAAUGGUUAAUGGACUCGCUUUGGGAUUUUUCCUAGCACUCGCUUCUACUUAUACCUCCGAAAUCUCACCCUUGCCUCUACGACCUGUUCUUACCGCCGCGAUCAACUUUUUCAUGAACAGCGGGCAGUUAGCUGCAAUGGCGAUUGGGAGUACGAGGAUCGGCAUCCUCACUCCAGAUUCGUACAAAAUUGCCUUCGCCGCUCAAUGGGCUUUCCCUUGCGCGAUACUCCUUUUCGCUCUGAUUCUUCCCGAAAGCCCCUGGUAUCUAAUACGGAAGAACAAAUACAAAGCAGCCGAGGCAAAUAUUCAAAAGCUAUACGCUAAGUCCCCGGCCAUGACGAAGGGAUAUAUGGAAUUUCUCAAAGGAACAAUUGAGCAAGAGCGUCAACUACGAUCUACUGAGAAUGCACCCGGAUAUUCUAGUUGUUUUAAAAGCACCGACUUUCGAAGAACUCGUAUUGCUUGUGGGAUGUUUUUGGUUCAACAGUUUGCAGGAAUAGCACUCUAUUCCCAAUCCCUCUAUUUCUUGGGAAUUUGUGGACUCGAUGUUCAGCUCACGUUUAAGCUGGCAGUAGCUAGCUUUGGAGUUGCUCUACUCGGUAAUAUGCUAUCAUGGAUUCUUAUGUCUUACAUCGGGAGACGCCGACUUUUACUCGUUGGGACAGUACUAAAUAGCGCUCUUCUGCUGAGCACCGGAGUGGCAGGAUGUUUCGAAACACGCGUAUCCUUACUUUUCAUGGCGUAUACUAUGAAUUUCGCCAUAGGUCUACACGCCCCAACAAUCGGUGCAGUCUGUUGGAGCAUGUGUUCUGAAAUAAGCUCCUUAGAGCUUAGAUCUCAUACCCAAGGAUUAGCCAUGGUAACAAACGCCGUUGUGAGCUGGUCCUUGAGCUUUUCCACCCCUUACCUCAUCAAUACUGAUCAAGGUGAGCGAUUUUAUUUUGGCUAG